GUCCAGGAUGGGGGCCAUGUCUGUCUGGGCCUCGGGCCUCCUGAUGCUCCAGAUGCUGCUGUUUGUGGCUGGGGAACAGAGCACCCAUGACGUCUCUGCUGCUGCCUCCGCCACCAUCGACAAGGGGCUCCACAUGCAGAAGGUGGGGUCGGGGUUGGUUCGGGCCGCGUUGGCAGAGCUGGUAGCCCUGCCCUGUCUCUUCACCCUGCGGCCAUGGCCAGGUGCAGCCCGAGAAGCCCCUCGAAUCAAGUGGACCAAGGUGCGGACUGCAUCGGGCCAGCGGCAGGACUUGCCCAUCCUGGUGGCCAAGGACAAUGUGGUUCGAGUGGCCAAGGGCUGGCAGGGACGCGUGUCACUGCCUGCCUACCCCCGGCACCGGGCCAACGCGACGCUACUACUGGGACCACUGAGGGCCAGUGACUCUGGACUCUACCGCUGCCAGGUGGUGAGAGGCAUCGAGGAUGAGCAGGACCUGGUGCCCCUGGAGGUGACAGGUGUUGUGUUCCACUACCGGGCAGCUCAGGAUCGCUAUGCACUGACCUUCGCAGAGGCCCAGGAGGCCUGCCGUCUCAGCUCGGCCACCAUUGCAGCCCCACGGCACCUGCAGGCUGCCUUUGAAGAUGGCUUUGACAACUGUGAUGCGGGGUGGCUCUCUGACCGCACUGUUCGGUAUCCUAUCACCCAGUCCCGUCCUGGUUGCUAUGGCGACCGUAGCAGCCUUCCAGGGGUGCGGAGCUAUGGCAGGCGGGACCCACAGGAACUCUACGAUGUGUACUGCUUUGCCCGUGAGCUGGGGGGCGAGGUCUUCUAUGUGGGCCCGGCCCGCCGCCUGACACUGGCCGGCGCGCGUGCCCAGUGCCGCCGCCAGGGCGCCGCGCUAGCCUCGGUGGGACAGCUGCACUUGGCCUGGCACGAGGGCCUGGACCAGUGCGACCCGGGCUGGCUGGCCGAUGGCAGCGUGCGUUACCCGAUCCAGACGCCGCGCCGGCGCUGCGGGGGCCCAGCCCCGGGCGUGCGCACAGUCUACCGUUUCGCCAACCGCACCGGCUUCCCGGCGCCCGGAGAGCGCUUCGAUGCCUACUGCUUCCGAGCUCAUCACCCUACACCACAUCAACAUGGAGACCCAGAGACCCCCUCGUCUGGGGAUGAGGGGGAGAUUCUGUCCGCAGAAGGGCCCCCAGCCCAAGAACUGGAGCCCAGCAUUAGGGAGGAGAUGGUCACCCCUGACUUCCAGGAGCCUCUCGUGUCCAGUGGGGAGGAAGAACCUCUGAUUUUGGCAGGGAAGCAGGAGUCUCAGGAGACCCCCAGCCCUGCCCCUGGAGGCUUCACGCUAGCCUCAAGGCCCUCCCUGGAGGCUGAAGAGGUGUGGCUGAGCACAGCGGCCCCCAGCUCCAGCAGUCCUAGCACUGCAGUGGGCACACACACGGAGGCAACUCCAACUGGCCCCAUACCCAGGAGGAGGGGACGCUUUAAAGGGUUGAACGGCCGCCACUUCCAGCAGCAGGAACCCCAGCAAGGCCUGGAGAUGGGGCUUGAGGCCGGCACCCAGCCCCCAACUCCAGAGGCUGCUGGGAAUCACGUGGAGCCUCCGCUGGCCACGGGAGCCACAGAUGCCUCAGGGAGUAGCCGGAGCCAAAGCCCCUGGGCCAUGCUGACCAAUGAGGUGGAUGUGCCUGAAGCUGGUUCCCCUGGUGGCAAGAGCCCCCCAGAGCCCUGGCUGUGGCCCCCAACUGUGGUCCCACCCAGCAUCCCAGGCCCCAGCAGGGUCCUUGAUCUGAAACUAGAGGAAGCCAAGGGCCCCAGUGUGAGGCCAGCCACUCCUGACCUGCCCUUGUCCCCCUCAGAGGCCACCUUCCUGGCACCUGGCCCCUCAGAAGGCCCCAGCAUUGCCUCCUGGGAGGUAUCCCCCAUGGUCUCUUCCCCAGACCUACCUAUCAUGGCCAUGCUGCGGGCCCCAAAACUGUGGGUACAUCCACACCCUACGUCCCUCCCCACGCAGGCCGACAGGGUCACGGGGCAUAGUGAGGCCAUGGCCACUGGCCCACCCUCUCCCGCCUCAGAGACUGAGGCUGUCCCCCAGGACCCCAUCCAUCUAGAGGUGCAUUCCCUGUCCCUCUCCUCAGUCCCAACAGGACAGGGUAGAGAGGCCACAUCCCCAACAACAGCCACAGACACACAAGCUGGAGCCAGUCCUAACCAUCCCAGGGCAAACUUCGGAGAAACUGGGGGGACCAGCCCUACUGGGCUCAGCAAAGCUGAGCUCCCCAGAUCCAGCCCACAAGCUUCUGUGGACAGGGAUGUGGCAGAAGAUUUCACCCCCACUGAGACAACCACUGAGCCCACAGGAGUGAGAGACAUCUCAGAGUCUGGGUCUGGGGUCGUCAGCACAGCGGAAAGCUCCAGUUCCAGCUCUCAGGCCACCGUGGACGAGGCACAGGGCACGUGGCCCUCAUUGCACAGUGAAGGGCUGGACUCCCACCCUCCAUCUGCACCCUCAGGGGGCCCCAGAGUCUUCUUAAUCCCUGGGGUCACCCCGAGUUCAGAGUCUUGGGCUGCUAUAAAUGGAGAAGCCAUGUUGGGGCCCACGGAUUCCACAGCCACACUGGACGCCAGUGUUGCUGGUGGGAUUUGGGAACAUGGAUCCCACGGGGUUGAGGGAGCCGAAAGCCCCACCUUGAGCCCUCAAGUGGCUGUGGAUUCAAGCAUGGUGAUGUCCCUCUUGUCCCUGGACCAGGGGGACAAGGUUGGGGUCCUGGCCAUGUCCACAGUGGCCUCCUCAAGCUCCCAACCCCAUCCAGAACCAGAGGGCCAGACGGUGACCCCGGGAACCCUGGGAGCCUUGGCCCCUUCACAUGAGAGCAGCCCCCGGGGGGAGCCUGUUUUUCCUUCUUGGACACCGACGGCUGUCAGCGUUGACAAGCCUGCCUCAGUUUCCUCAGGAGAGCCUACAGUGCCGGGAGACUCCCCCAGCACCCCUCCGCCUGCCUCUCUGGGCCCAGAGGAGUUUGAGCUGGAGGUCCUGGCAGGGAGCCCAGGUGUGGAGGGCUUCUGGGAGGAGGCAGCGAGUGGAGAAGAGCCGACCCUGCCAGGGACCCCUGCAAAUGGGAGUGCAGAAGAGGCCCCCUUGGAUCCGUGCGAAAACAACCCGUGCCUGCACGGAGGCACCUGUAAAGCCAACGGCACCAUGUAUGGCUGUAGCUGUGACCAGGGCUUCGCCGGGGAGAACUGUGAGAUUGAUAUUGAUGAGUGCGUCUCCAGCCCCUGUGAGAAUGGAGGCACCUGCAUUGACGAGGUCAACACGUUCGUCUGCCUUUGCCUCCCCAGCUAUGGGGGCAGCCUCUGCGAGAAAGACACAGAGGGCUGUGACCACGGCUGGCACAAGUUCCAAGGCCACUGCUACCGCUACUUUGCCCAUCGACGGGCGUGGGAGGACGCCGAGAGGGACUGCCGCCGCCGGGCUGGCCACCUGACCAGCAUCCACUCACCUGAGGAACACAGCUUCAUUAACAGCUUUGGGCGUGAAAACACAUGGAUCGGCCUGAAUGACCGGAUCGUGGAGAGGGAUUUCCAGUGGACGGACAACACAGGGCUGCAAUAUGAGAACUGGAGGGAGAACCAGCCUGACAAUUUCUUCGCGGGCGGGGAGGACUGUGUGGUGAUGGUUGCACACGAGAGCGGGCGCUGGAACGAUGUUCCCUGCAACUACAACCUCCCGUAUGUCUGUAAGAAGGGAACAGUACUGUGUGGUCCCCCUCCAGCAGUCCAGAACGCCUCACCCAUCGGUGCUCGCAAGGCCAAGUAUAACGUCCAUGCCACUGUCCGGUAUCAGUGUGAUGAAGGAUUUACCCAGCACCAUGUGGCUGUCAUCCGAUGCCGGAGCAAUGGCAAGUGGGACCAGCCCCAGAUCAUCUGCACCAAACCCAGACGGUCGCAUCGGAUGCGACGACACCAUCACCACCACCAGCACCACCACCAGCAUCACCACCACAAAUCGCGCAAGGAACGCAGAAAACACAAGAAACACCCAGUGGAGGACUGGGAGAAGGAAGAAGGGAAUUUCUGCUGAAGAACCAGGCAAAAGGAAGCACAACCCCUUUCCCACACCUUCUCUGGAGACUUCACCUGGGGAGACAGAGCCCAGAGAAAAACAAGAGGGUCUGGAAUCCCCUGAGCCCCAAACCACAUCCCCCCUCCAUAACCCUUUGUAAAAAGCUCCUCUCUCCUCUUUCUUAUAUACACAAAGUCUGCUUGGCAGGCAAAGCCAGGUGUCUGAAAAGUCAGUUCUAGUCAGGCUGAACUCUGGGAGCAUCUCCCAGUGAA